ACUGACGAUAUAUAAAUCACAUUUCUCCCUCUUCUUGCUACCAAGUACCAACAACCAGUUGGUACAUAAGAAACACACGAUAUAUUUUUUCUCGUCUGAAUCAUAUAUAAUUCCAAAUAUCCACCACUUAAAUUAUUAAUUAUAACCAUUUUAUAGAUUGUGUUGUGAAGAUCAUACUGGCCUUUAAAUGAGAGGUUUGAUCGGGGUAGCCGGCUUCUUCUUAAUUGCUCUCAUUCCUCAUCAUGCAGUUGCAUUUGAUCCGUUGGAUCCUAGUGGGAAUAUCACCAUCAAAUGGGAUGUUAUGUCUUGGACACCAGAUGGUUAUGUCGCCACUGUAACAAUGAACAAUUUCCAAAUGUACCGGCAUAUAAUGACCCCUGGUUGGACCCUAGGAUGGACAUGGGCUAAGAAAGAAGUAAUCUGGUCUAUGGUGGGUGCACAAACCACCGAACAAGGUGACUGCUCUAAAUUUAAAGGCAACAUCCCUCACUGUUGUAAGAAGACUCCCACAGUAGUAGAUUUGCUCCCUGGAGUUCCGUAUAACCAGCAAUUCACUAAUUGUUGCAAAGGUGGAGUCAUAGCUUCUUGGGGCCAAGAUCCUCAAGCUUCUGUCUCUGCUUUCCAAAUUAGUGUGGGCCAGGCCGGUACGUCGAACAAGACCGUUAAACUUCCUAAGAACUUCACUUUGCUUGGUCCUGGACCUGGAUAUACUUGUGGCCCUGCUAAGAUUGUUCCACCUACCAAAUUUUUCACACCUGAUCUUCGACGAAAAACUCAGGCCUUAAUGACAUGGAAUGUGACAUGCACAUACUCCCAAUUUCUAGCACGAAAACACCCGAGUUGUUGUGUCUCAAUGUCAAGUUUCUACAAUGAAACCAUCACUUCUUGUCCUUCUUGUGCUUGUGGAUGUGAGAACAAAAACAAAUGCAUCAAGAGCGACUCCAAACUACUGAAUGUUGUUGGAAUAAACACUCCAAGAAAAGACAACGCACCACUAAUACAGUGCACGCACCAUAUGUGCCCAAUUCGAGUGCAUUGGCAUGUGAAGCUCAACUACAAGGACUAUUGGCGAGUCAAGCUUACUGUGACCAACUUCAAUUACAGGAUCAAUUACACACAAUGGACUCUUGUUGUUCAGCAUCCAAAUCUUAACAAUGUUACACAAGUUUUUAGCUUUGAUUACAAGUCUUUGGUUCCCUAUCAAUCCGUCAAUGACACGGGAAUGUUCUACGGAAUGAAGUUCUACAAUGACUUGCUGAUGGAAGCAGGGCCAUCUGGAACUGUUCAAUCAGAAGUUCUUCUCCAGAAGGACAAGGAAACUUUCUCCUUCAAGCAAGGCUGGGCAUUUCCCCGGAAAGUUUACUUUAAUGGCGAUGAAUGCAUGCUGCCACCACCAGAUACUUAUCCAUACUUACCCAACUUUGCCAAUCAUAGCUCUGCUGCCUUCACAACUUUGUUAUUUUCCAUGCUUUUCCUUUUCAUUGUACUUUUUUGAUCUUUUCUCUAGUUUUGUCAGUCAUUGAAAUUUUGAAGCUAAGCAACCAAGUAUUUUGGGAUCACAUAUACAUGACUAUGUAUAAUGUACUGCAACAAAUUCUGCUUGUGCAUAGGGAUUAAUAUCACACUAAAUUC